UAUGCCUAUAUAUACGCGCUCUUUGCUGAUCCUUGUGAAGUUUCGCAACGUACGCACAUCAUUCUGAUCUGUUUAACUCUGCUCACCGUUCACGAUGGCGAGAGCGCUCCUGGAGUCCGCGGGCGGCGCGGCGGCGGCGGCGGCGUGGGGUUUCCUGCCGCCGUGGCUCGCGGCGCUCGGCAUGGGCGUGGCGUCGGUCUGGGCCGUCUCGUUCGCCGUGUUCCUCUGCGGCCGCAGCAGCUCGCGCGACGACGCCCCCAAGAAGAAGCCCGCCCCUGCUGCCACGGCCCCGAAGGCGACCAGCUCCGUGAGUGUCGCCCCGGCCCCGAAGACGAGCGCGCCCGCGAGUGUCGCCACGGUCCCGAUGGCGAGCCGACCCGCGAGUGUCGCCGCGGCCCCGAAGGCGAGCACGCCCGUGACUGUGGCCACGGCACCGAAGGCGAGCACGCCCGCGAGUGUCGCCGCGGCCCCGAUGGAGAGCCGGCCCGCGAGUGUCGCCGCGGCCCCGAUGACGAGCACACCCGCGAGUGUCGCCACGGCUCCGAUGGCGAGCCGACCCGAGAGUGUCGCCACGGCAGCGAAGGCGAGGACGCCCGUGAGUGUCGCCACGGACGCGACGUCGAGAUGGCCCGUGAGUGUCGCCACGGCACCGAUGGCGAGCCGACCCGCGAGUGUCGCCACGGCAGCGAAGGUGAGCAGGCCGGCGAUCUUCGCGCCCACCACGGUGAGCUCGUCGAGGUCCGGGAGCACGGUGGUGGACACGACGGGGUGGUACGGAGCCGCGUACGCCUCCGGUGGAUGCCAUGGCCACGGCCACGGCCACUGCCAUGGGCAAGGUGGCGGCGGUGGCGGCGGCGGAGGUGGUGGUGGUGGUGGUGGUGGCUGCGGCGGCGGCGGAGGCGGUGGUGGUGGCGGCGGCGGUGGCUGCGGCGGCUGCUAAAGUUCUGGUUGAUUCUUCGGUCUUGUGGUGGCAUGCAUGCAAGGCGUAUUAAUGGCUGCUUGCAUGCGUGGUGGUUAUUUUUUUUUAAGAUUCGGCAACCUUUAUUAAACAAUAAUCAUAUCAGUUAUAAGGAAGGGAAGUAAGAAAACAGAAGGUUUAUCUCGUCACUCUUCAGAAAAAUUUCCUCUGUAACUAGCCCGAGCAAGCACAUGCACUGCCGCAUUACCUUCCCGAGCACAAUGAACAACAGUCUAGUCAUAUUAGUUUCAGGGUCAUGUAUAACGACCAUGGUGUUCUUUUAGCGUACAACCAUUGUGCUCGUUAGCUGUGGAUUCGUGUUU